CCGAAGCGUAAAGUGAAAUAUUAAUAAUGUUCCAUACAUUUAUAGACUUGUCAGUCGCAAUAUUUGUAUCAGAAUAUAUACAUCGGUAAGUUUACAUUGCUUUAUGAUGCAGAAUACAGCACGCACUCGGACAGUUAUCUGGUUACUAGUAACUUUUCUAGCUAUUCGGGAAUCUACUGCUAGGAAGAAAAACCGUUUGAAAUUUAGAAAAGAUCAACCCCACGAGGUGGUUGUUGAUACUGGUGACCAGAAAAUCCAGGUCGUCAUUCAAGGAAUCAACAAAGUGAACCCUCCAGAUGAUCCUGGGGGUUUAGGUUGUGCAGAUGUACAAAUUGUUCUCGACUUGUCGUGUUCAAUUUCGAGAAAAAUGAAAAUUAAAAGUCGAGACAUUGCCAAAGUUAUCUCCGCUGACUUUCUCUCUAGCUUUGAUCCUUCUAUUGGACUAAAGGUGCGAGUAGGAAUCAUCGUUUACGCAGAAACUGUCCGCCAGAUUUUGCCUUUAGAUAACAACAUGACGAAUAAAGAGGUAGUGGAUAUCCUUGGUCAAUUGAACCUGACUAAACAUGAUGAACAUUGUAGAACAAUGACACACUUAGCCCUAGAAGAGGCAAGAACCAUCCUGUCGACGAAUAAACGAAGAAAUGACGCGCAAAUAAUAUAUCUUUUCACCGAUGGACUGACAUUUUAUCGUAGACAUCGAAAAAAAUUAUAUCAAACGAAAGAUAAGCUGACCGAUGAGGGUGUCAUUCUAAAUGUCGUUAGAAUACCGCACAGGAAAAAUGAGGCUAGGCAUAUCAUGGCGGCUAAAGAUGAGUUUGAUAAACUACCACAUCAUUUAGAGACUAAUAUUUUCAACGGCACUGAUCCCGACGUAGCCAAUGCUAUAGUAGAUCAAUUUAAGAAAGAUGCUCCUUGUCAGCAAACGGCAUAAUGUUCACUAAAAACCACGGCCGCAUUAUCUGACUGAAGAUCAUCAUUCGACAAAUGGUUAAAGAUAACGCAUGGUUAAGGAUAAUAUACUAUAAUAUCAUAUAAUGUCAAAAAAUGUAACACUUUACACUCAACUAUACCUUGCGUAAACCAUAUGGAGCCCAUACACAGCAAUCUAUCAUUGCUUAAAUUGUCAUUUAGAUUAUUCGAAAGUCUUAUCGUAGGUUUUACACACACAUUUUGCAUUGAAACCCCGUUUCUUCCACAUACAGGGUUGGAAAGUUGGGCUUAAGUUUCUUCCAUACAGGACAGUGACUUUGCUAUUAAAAUAAUCUAAUAGGACAGAAAUUGUUUGUAAAUUCCAUGGAAUAAAAAAUAUACAGUCU